AAAAACACCAUUCGAGCGGGCUUUGAUGGCGUUGAGAUUCAUGAUGUGAACAGCUGCUUGGUCGAUCAAUUCAUUCAAGACAUCACCAACCACCGUACGGAUGAAUAUGGUGGGAGCACCAAGAAUUGUGCAAGGUUUGCACUCGAGGUUGCAGAUGCCGGUGUAGAUGCUGUUGGCUCCAAGAGGAUGAGGUUCCCAUUGAGUCCGUGGGGUAUAUUC